AAACACAACAACAAAAUUUCAACUAAUUGGAUCCAGAAGAAAAUACAAAAUUCAAUCGCGCUGACGACAAAUAAUUGUGAAAACAAUGCAUUUAAUUAAAGUAAAGACUAAACUCGCGCUGAAAAUGCCCGAAAUCAAAAGAAACUAGCGAGAAACACAAUCAAAAAAUCGCACAACAAAUCGCAAAAGUUAACAAAAAAUCCAAAUAAAUUAAGCCAGACAACAAAAGAGAGCCAGGAGCAGAGAACGACAGCGAAAACAGCAAAACGACGGCCCCAAAAUGUUGUACCAGCUAAGUAAAGCCACUACUAGAAUCCGACUCAAAAGGCAAAAAGCCGUUCCACAACAUUGCUGGCUCUGGAGUUUAGCAUUUCUGGCAGCAUUUACUCUAAAGGACGUUCGAUGUGCAGAUCUAGCCAUAAGCAUACCCAACAAUCCCGGCCUGGACGAUGGGGCCUCCUAUCGGUUGGACUACAGUCCGCCCUUCGGCUAUCCGGAGCCCAACACGACGAUUGCCUCCCGGGAAAUCGGCGAUGAGAUCCAAUUCUCACGCGCCCUGCCCGGCACCAAAUACAACUUCUGGCUGUACUACACGAACUUCACGCACCACGAUUGGCUCACCUGGACGGUGACGAUAACAACAGCUCCCGAUCCGCCGUCGAACCUCUCUGUCCAGGUGCGGAGCGGCAAGAACGCCAUCAUCCUGUGGUCCCCGCCCACCCAGGGCAGCUACACGGCCUUCAAGAUCAAGGUGCUGGGCCUGUCGGAGGCCUCGAGCAGCUACAACCGCACCUUCCAGGUCAACGACAACACAUUCCAGCACAGCGUCAAGGAGCUGACCCCGGGAGCCACCUACCAGGUGCAGGCCUAUACCAUCUACGAUGGCAAGGAGUCGGUGGCCUACACCAGUCGCAAUUUCACCACAAGUCGAAGGACGCGGCAUAAAGAAUUGCUGGACAUUAAGAUCCUAAGAGAGCCCAACACUCCGGGGAAAUUCAUCGUCUGGUUCCGUAAUGAGACGACGCUGCUGGUCCUGUGGCAACCGCCGUAUCCGGCGGGCAUUUACACGCACUACAAGGUGUCCAUCGAGCCGCCGGACGCCAACGACAGUGUUCUGUAUGUGGAGAAGGAGGGCGAGCCGCCCGGUCCGGCGCAGGCGGCCUUCAAGGGUCUGGUGCCCGGCAGGGCCUACAAUAUAUCCGUGCAGACGAUGUCCGAGGACGAGAUCUCGCUGCCGACGACGGCACAAUAUCGAACGGUGCCGCUGCGACCCUUGAACGUGACCUUCGAUAGGGAUUUCAUCACCUCCAAUUCGUUCCGGGUGCUUUGGGAGGCGCCCAAGGGCGUCUCCGAGUUCGACAAAUAUCAGGUUUCGGUGGCCACCACCCGCAGGCAGUCCACCGUGCCGCGGAGCAACGAGCCGGUGGCCUUCUUCGACUUUCGCGACAUCGCCGAGCCGGGCAAGACGUUCAAUGUGAUCGUGAAGACGGUCUCCGGCAAGGUCACCUCGUGGCCAGCCACCGGCGAUGUGACCCUGCGACCCCUGCCCGUUCGCAACCUGAGGAGCAUCAACGAUGACAAGACUAACACCAUGGUCAUCACCUGGGAGGCGGAUCCGGCGAGCACGCAGGAUGAGUACCGCAUAGUCUACCAUGAGUUGGAGACAUUCAAUGGAGACACCAGCACCCUGACCACAGACCGAACUCGAUUCACGCUGGAGAGCCUUCUGCCGGGCCGCAACUACUCGCUAUCCGUGCAGGCGGUCUCCAAGAAGAUGGAAUCGAACGAGACCAGCAUCUUCGUGGUCACCCGCCCCUCGUCGCCCAUCAUCGAGGACCUGAAGAGCAUACGGAUGGGCCUGAAUAUCAGUUGGAAGAGCGACGUGAACUCGAAACAGGAGCAAUACGAGGUGUUGUACUCACGCAACGGAACCAGCGAUUUGCGCACCCAGAAGACCAAGGAAUCGCGACUGGUGAUCAAGAAUCUGCAGCCGGGAGCUGGAUAUGAACUGAAGGUCUUUGCGGUUAGCCACGAUUUGCGAAGUGAACCGCAUGCCUACUUCCAGGCAGUUUAUCCCAAUCCGCCACGCAACAUGACCAUCGAGACGGUGCGCAGCAACUCGGUUCUGGUCCACUGGUCGCCGCCGGAAAGCGGUGAGUUCACCGAAUACUCGAUUCGCUAUCGAACGGACAGCGAACAGCAAUGGGUGCGCCUGCCCAGCGUCCGAUCGACGGAGGCGGACAUCACCGAUAUGACCAAGGGCGAGAAGUACACCAUCCAGGUGAACACGGUGAGCUUUGGCGUCGAGAGUCCCGUGCCGCAGGAGGUGAACACGACGGUGCCGCCGAAUCCGGUGUCGAAUAUCAUUCAGCUAGUUGACUCACGGAACAUCACGUUGGAGUGGCCCAAGCCGGAGGGUCGGGUGGAGUCGUACAUCCUUAAGUGGUGGCCCAGCGAUAAUCCCGGUCGUGUGCAGACCAAGAAUGUCUCCGAGAACAAGUCGGCCGACGAUUUGUCGACGGUGAGAGUGCUGAUCGGCGAACUGAUGCCCGGGGUGCAGUACAAGUUCGACAUCCAGACGACCUCCUAUGGCAUCCUGUCGGGCAUCACCAGCCUCUAUCCGCGCACCAUGCCGCUCAUCCAGUCGGACGUGGUGGUGGCCAAUGGCGAGAAGGAGGACGAGCGGGACACGAUCACCCUGAGCUACACGCCCACGCCGCAGUCGUCGUCCAAGUUCGAUAUCUACCGCUUCUCCCUGGGCGACGCCGAGAUCCGGGACAAGGAGAAGCUGGCCAACGACACGGAUCGCAAGGUGACCUUCACGGGUCUGGUGCCCGGACGUCUGUACAACAUCACCGUGUGGACGGUCAGCGGCGGAGUGGCCAGCCUGCCGAUUCAGCGCCAGGAUCGCCUCUAUCCGGAGCCCAUUACCCAGCUGCAUGCCACGAAUAUCACGGAUACGGAGAUCUCACUGCGCUGGGAUCUGCCGAAGGGCGAGUACAAUGACUUUGAUAUUGCCUACCUGACAGCGGACAAUUUGUUGGCCCAGAACAUGACCAUCCGGAAUGAGAUAACCAUCAGCGAUCUGCGACCCCACAGGAACUACACCUUCACCGUGGUCGUUCGUUCCGGCACCGAAUCCUCGGUUCUCCGGAGCAGCUCACCCCUGUCGGCCAGCUUCACCACAAACGAGGCGGUUCCGGGUCGAGUGGAGCGUUUCCAUCCCACCGAUGUUCAGCCCAGCGAGAUUAAUUUCGAGUGGUCGCUGCCCUCCAGUGAGGCGAAUGGCGUGAUUCGCCAAUUCUCGAUAGCCUAUACGAAUAUCAACAAUCUCACGGACGCCGGAAUGCAGGACUUUGAGUCGGAGGAGGCGUUUGGGGUGAUCAAAAACCUGAAGCCCGGCGAAACGUAUGUGUUCAAGAUUCAGGCCAAAACGGCCAUCGGUUUUGGACCGGAGCGGGAAUAUCGACAGACGAUGCCGAUAUUGGCGCCACCACGUCCCGCCACCCAGGUGGUGCCCACCGAGGUCUAUCGCAGCUCGUCGACCAUCCAGAUUCGCUUCCGGAAGAACUACUUCUCCGAUCAGAACGGCCAGGUGCGCAUGUACACGAUCAUUGUGGCGGAGGACGAUGCCAAGAAUGCCUCCGGCCUGGAGAUGCCCAGCUGGCUGGACGUGCAGUCGUAUAGCGUCUGGCUGCCCUACCAGGCCAUCGAUCCGUACUAUCCGUUCGAGAACCAGUCGGUGGAGGACUUUACCAUCGGCACCGAGAACUGUGACAACCACAAGAUUGGCUACUGCAACGGACCACUGAAGUCGGGCACCACCUACCGCGUGAAGGUGCGAGCGUUCACCGGAGCGGACAAGUUCACGGACACCGCCUACAGUUUUCCCAUUCAGACGGAUCAAGACAACACCUCCCUGAUCGUGGCCAUCACAGUGCCGCUGACCAUCAUCCUGGUGCUCCUGGUCACCCUGCUGUUCUACAAGCGGCGACGCAACAAUUGCCGCAAGACCACCAAGGAUUCGCGGGCCAAUGACAAUAUGUCGCUGCCGGACAGUGUGAUCGAGCAGAAUCGCCCGAUACUGAUCAAGAACUUUGCGGAGCACUACCGCCUGAUGUCCGCCGACUCGGACUUCCGUUUCAGCGAGGAGUUCGAGGAGCUGAAGCACGUGGGCCGCGAUCAGCCGUGCACCUUUGCCGACCUGCCCUGCAAUCGGCCGAAGAACCGGUUCACCAACAUCCUGCCCUACGACCACUCGCGCUUCAAGCUCCAGCCUGUGGACGAUGACGAGGGCAGCGACUACAUCAAUGCCAACUAUGUGCCCGGGCACAAUUCGCCGCGGGAGUUCAUCGUCACCCAGGGACCGCUGCACUCGACGCGCGACGACUUCUGGCGGAUGUGCUGGGAGAGCAACUCGCGGGCCAUCGUCAUGCUGACCCGGUGCUUCGAGAAGGGACGCGAGAAGUGCGACCAGUACUGGCCCAAUGACACGGUGCCCGUCUUCUACGGCGACAUCAAGGUGCAGAUUCUCAACGACAGCCACUACGCCGACUGGGUGAUGACCGAGUUUAUGCUGUGCAGGGGCAGCGAACAGCGCAUCCUGCGGCACUUCCAUUUCACCACCUGGCCGGACUUUGGGGUGCCCAAUCCGCCGCAGACCCUCGUCCGCUUCGUGCGCGCCUUCCGCGAUCGCAUCGGGGCCGAGCAGCGACCCAUUGUGGUCCACUGCAGCGCCGGAGUGGGAAGGUCGGGCACCUUCAUCACUUUGGAUCGCAUCCUGCAGCAGAUUAACACGUCCGACUAUGUGGACAUCUUCGGCAUAGUGUAUGCCAUGCGCAAGGAGCGCGUUUGGAUGGUGCAGACGGAGCAGCAGUACAUCUGCAUCCACCAGUGCCUGCUGGCGGUGCUCGAGGGCAAGGAGAACAUCGUGGGUCCCGCUCGCGAGAUGCACGACAACGAGGGCUACGAAGAUGACGAGGGCAUUGCCGAGUCGGGCAUGUAAGCCCAUUCCAGAGCCCAGGAACUCCAGAAACUCCAGCCCAUCCCAACCACUCAACUCAACGAAACUCAACCGAAUGGAACCCAACCCAACCAGCAUGUGGCAACUACAUUAUUAUUUACUUAAGGAGGAAAGUGCGGAGGAUCAACGCUUGAUAUUAUAAUUGGAUAUAUGUGUGUACUACACCGGAUACUACUGGAUAUAUAUACUCUACACCGAUCUAUCGAAUGGGAAUGCAGCAAUCUCGCCAAACAGAACGAACACGCAUCAAUUUAUACAUUUUAUAUAUAUCUAAGAUAACGAAGGAUCAGCGAUCGGCGAACACUGAAUACUGGAAUACUGAUUGUAUUUUUACGCUAGCCACAAUUUGAUAUAAACUAUAUAUCUUCCAAUUUUUUUGUACACCUAAUGUUAGUUGAAAUAUGUAUGUGAGCGAGACGAGCAAAUUUUUGUAGCAAACUAAAAGCGCUAAAUGUUUACUUUUUUAUAUUAUUAUAUAUAUAAAUACUUGAUAAACAUAUACCUAAUAUUAGGCCUAAACUAAACUAACUAUAAAUCGCACACACUCAUACACUCACACAAACACAAUGCAAUAAUUGAGUUACAUAGUUUUAAAGAGGAAGAAAUGUUAAAACAUUUGGCUGCAACCGUCGGAAUCGCAAGAGAUGUAGUGUACAAUUUUUAAUUUGUCGUAUAUGUAUGAUUUUUUUUCAUUUCUGUUUUGUGUUUAAUUUUUUUUGUAAUUUUUAUCCAAGCGUAAGCUGUGUAUGUAUGUGCUACAUUUUUGUUUAAUUAUAUCAAGUUUUAUUUAAAAAAGAAA